AUGACAACAAAACGACGGGGAGCCGUCGCAGGGUCUCCAGAGGGACCAACAAAGGGCCAGAAGCGGCGCAGGACCUCAACUUUUGUCCCCGAAACCGACGAAACUCCCGAGAAAACCACAGAAGCCGGCUUAGAAUUACUCGCGCAAAUCAAACAAGCUACGGAUAAACAUGGACAACUUGUUGCAACUGAAUUUCUUCAUCUUCCUAACCGGAAAGAGAACCCUCAUUAUUACCAAGCAAUUCGGCUUCCUAUUGCCUUAGAUAUAGUGGAGAGCAAACUGAGGAAGCACCAAUACCCUUGUUUGACUCCUGUGGAAAGCGACCUCCGCAGAAUGGUCAGCAAUGCCAAAUACUACAAUGAUAAGGGUUCAAUGAUUUUUUCGAAUGCAGAGCGCAUACGGAAACUAGUCGCAAAUAGAAUGCCCACGAUAAACCCAGCAUAUAACGAUCCGAAUUACGCACCAUUUGCUACUCCUAUACCUGAAGAGGAUGGAGAUGAUGAAGAAAACCACCAGUCCCCUGAAGUGGGCAAUGUGGAGGAUGCUGGCGGAGAAGAAGAAAAGAAAUCCACAACCGAGACGCCUGCCCUGGAUCAGGAGGACGAGGCAAAUGACAACGAAAUAUUCAACUUUGAGGGGGAAACCUUCGAAAGUGCCCAGGAAAAAAUAAUCGCGGGAAUGAUGCGACUGAAAGAUUCAGACGGCGAAGAAGUCUUUUUCCCUUUCCUCAGUAUGCCAGAUCGGAAUUUGUACAAGGAGUAUUAUGAAAUAAUCAAGCACCCCGUGUCCCUAAGAGCGAUCCUCAAACUCGUUCGAGGCACAGAUGGACGGAAGAAUUCUACGAAAGCCACCCCGUUUAAGACGUGGGACGCUUUCGAGGAAGAAGAAUAUUUCCUUCGACUCCUUGCAGAGGCACGAAAGAAGAUUCCUGAUCCUCCAUCCACCCCGAAUGGCGAUAGCACGGGUCCUCGUAUUAAACUUCGCAUGGGAACCACGAAAACUCCAGAGCCAGCACCGCAGAAACUGACUUUGCGACUUUCGGGGAAAAUUGCUGGCCAUUCGACAGUCAUGGAACAUGGUCAAGGUGGUGUUUCUAUAGAUACCGAAGCCCUACGUAGGCAGAAAGAGCACGUUAAGGCAAGUUCAAACGGUUUGGAUAUGCCAGAUCGACCAACACCUCCAAGGAGAAACCUAAGAGAUCGAUCUGGCUCUGGAACAAGGGUCGCAUCUAUUCGAAACACGCGCUCGCAGGACCAAGAGCAACAACGACACGUAGCAGGAGCAUCACCUGGCCGACCUUCUUCAGCCGUCAAGACUGAAGGCCCAGGGGUAUCGACUCCCAAUCUCAGAAGUUUGUCUAGUCAAGAAUCCAUGAAGCCGUCCCGCGAUGCUUCCGGCUCUGCUGAGCCACCGAAAAUAAUGGCCCCAUUUACGAUCGCCGUUCCCAUUCAGCCUAACAACGCACACGAAGUGUUGCAACCAGUCAGUUCCAGUUCACAUCCAUACCCGUCCCCGGCCCCAACUGCGUUUCCGAUGAACAUAAGAGCACCACAUCUUGGCAAAGGCCGUUUGAUAUCCAACGUCAGGUUAUUCAGCCAUCCAAACCUCGACCUGCGACAAUCAUUUCUUCUAGACAUCCCACCCUCAUCAGCACAGCUACAACAGUCAAUAACGAUCAACCUCCCGGCAAAACACCACAUUCUCUGCGUCUCUCCAACGAUUAUCCCAAGCUCACUACAACGAACGACGCAGCUCACCGUUACCAUCGGCAGCCAACUUCUGUCACCGAUGUUGUCACCGUCACGAACCAUGGACCCAACAGAACCCUAUUAUGAGGUCCGACUGGGUGUCGGCGUUACCAAGAUUGAUAUUGAAAUGUCCUCUUAUGCCACUCGAGGAGGAAGUGGGUUGAAAUCAUCACCCGGUCAAGAUGCCGAAUACGAGAGGUUGACGGUCUAUGCUAACCUGAUGAGAGCGUGA